UUGCACACUACGCCAGACUUCACACACACUCGCUUUUGUCUCUUCAACCCUUAAUUCUGCCACUCGUUUAACAGAAUCUGUAUCUAUUUAAUCUAUAUACCCACUUCUUAACGCACCGUGCCGUCCCGCAUAACACCAACCCUACCAUCACAAUGAAGUACACCACUGCCAUCCUUGCCCUCGUUGCAGGCGCCUUUGCUGUGCCGCAAGCCUCGAUCACCUCCGCCCCUGGAGCGCCCAUUCCUUCCGGUCUUUCGCCUGCAGUCAGCUGCGCCUUGAACUGCGAGGCUGGAGAUGUCAUGUGCCAGGCUGCUUGCUUGGGCAACGCCCGUCCCAACGCAUCCCAGGUCAUCGACACCAACAACUGCGCUGCAAAGUGCGACCAGGGCGACGGCUCUGCGGCUGCUGCCACUGCCUACGCCAAGUGCGUUGAUGGCUGCAUCAACAGUCUUUUCCCCAGCAGCCAGACCCAGUUCGCCCCUGGUGCCGCCGCUCCUGCAGCGUCUCAAGCUUCCUCUGUCAAGGCUGGUGCCUCAGCGGCCACUGGCUCAGCCAACCCUACUGGCCCCGCUGCUACCGGAUCCGUUUCUGGAUCUGGCGCCGCCCCCGCGUCUACCGGUGCAGCUGACGUGAACUCGGCUCGUUUUGCUGGUCUCGGUUUCGCCGGCCUCCUUGCUGUCUUCGCUUUGUAAAUGUCGAUAUUUGCUCAUGCUUAAACUCGUUCUGCUAUUCGACGAUUAGUACACGCUGAUCGCGCGUUCAAACGUGAAACGAACAUGGAUGUUGGUCAUGUGGUUAGCGGGUGGAAUCAGUGGGGCGCGUAUGCGGCCUGAUGGCGGGGAGAAGUGCUCCGAGAGGGUAGGCAGUUGUUGUGGAGAGUUAAUUAGCUUCAACUUAUUGUACUCUUCUUGAAA